CAGUUCGCUCGCCCCGCCCACGCCAUGCCAUAGAGGGCCGCCCGGCCAGAGUGUCCCUUCCGAGAGCCGUUUCCGCUGGACGACGCAGCGUCUUCUGAUUGGCUGGCUGCUCUGGCGAGGGCGCUUCCGCCUGUCUGCUCCCGCGGCUCCCCUGGAAGCGAUGGCCGAUCGCUUAACGCAGCUCCAGGACGCCGUGAAUUCACUUGCAGAUCAGUUUUGUAAUGCGAUUGGAGUCUUGCAGCAGUGUGCCCCACCUGCAUCUUUUAGCAACAUACAAACUGCAAUAAACAAAGACCAGCAAUCUAAUCCUACAGAAGAAUAUGCCCAGCUGUUUGCAGCCUUGAUUGCCAGAACUGCUAAGGAUAUUGAUGUUUUAAUAGAUUCCUUGCCUAGCGAAGAAUCCACAGCUACAUUACAGGCCGCCAGUCUGUAUCGCCUGGAGGAGGAGAACCAUGAUGCGGCAGCACGCCUGGAAGAGGUGGUUUAUCGUGGGGAUCUGCUUCUAGAGAAGAUACAGAAUGCCUUGGCUGACAUAGCCCAGUCACAGCUGAAGACCAGAAGCAGCAGCCAUAGCCAGCCUGGUCCAGAUUAACAGCAGCGGGUGUCAGGACUUCCCUGGAAAGUUCAGUUCUCUGGCAUGUGUUUGGUGGGAAGCACAGGGGAUAAGCCCCUCCUUGAUCCCAGAUGCUGUGGUGCUUCUGAUUCAAGGGGUCCGUGUUGAUGUUUGUCUGUCUUUUGUGUCAUUAAAAGGAGAAGCCAUUACAAA